AUAAUACUGGUGCCCCGUUGUCAUUCACCUACAUCUUGACUAUCCGUAUACGGACGAGUUUAACUUAAACAAUUUAUACCAUGGUGCCUUUGUUUUGAAUACGACGCAAUUGCUGUGUUAACAGAAAAAUGAAUACCGGGAACAUCAGCAGCUGGAAGAAGCAUGUAGAAAGCAUCGAUUGCAAUUCCGAACCUGGUUCUCCAACAGACAUGCAUAAAAAUUUCAUUUUAUCAGCUUCUGGAGACUCAUCGGUCCUCUCCAGUGGAAAUCAGACGAACAAGGUCAAUCAUAAGCCACUGAACUCGCGUUCCUGCUACACCGAGCCAGUAACUAGUACGCGAAACUUUACCAGCCGAUCAGUGCAGUCUCCGCGAACAACCCGUCCAGGUCAACAUAACCACCGCCCUCAUACUGCACUGUCAUCAUCUGAUUCCAAUACAACGGCACCCGAGGAUUCCCCAGGUCAAGUCGACGAUGUCAAGCUAUUCAAUCUUGAGCAAGAGGAACACGAGACUACGGGCUUGAUAAACGGGGUGCCGAAAGUAGUGAAGCCAUCAGCAUCCGAUUCGGUUGUAAACACUCUCACAAAGAAAGGACGCAUCGUUGUCUGUGUCAGAAAAAGACCAAGAAAUAAACGUGAAAUUGCCAAGGGUGACAUGGACAUUUUGAAAAUUCCCGCACCGGAUCAUAUAGUCUUAUGUGAACCAAGACAACGGUUUGAUUUGACCGAGUACCUGGAACAGACCAGUUUCCGCUUUGACCACUGUUUCGAAGAGCAUGCUGAUACAGCCAAGGUAUAUCAACACACAGCCGCUCCAAUGGUCAAUCUGAUCUUUCAGGGUUACAUGGCCACUUGUUUCGCUUACGGUCAAACGGGAUCCGGCAAAACAUUUACCAUGGGUGGACCAAAGUCCGGAUCUAGCCGCCUACCAGUGGUGGAAGGUGGCAUAUACGGUAUGGUCGUUGAAGACUUGUUUUCCCUUUACGAAAAAAUGAACUAUUCUGCGGAUUAUACGGUCAGCGUCAACUAUUUUGAAAUCUACUGCAACAAGGUAUAUGAUCUACUCAACCAAAAGCUCCAACUCCGUGUGAUGGAAGAUUCAUUUGGCUCAGUGCAAUUGCUUGGACUGCGUGAGUACUUGGUGAAAGAUGCUAAAACAACGCUGGGGUUACUGAGACACGGCUAUCAACUCAGAACGAACGGACAAACUUUGGCCAAUGAACAAUCUAGCCGAUCACACGCAAUAUUUCAGAUCAACAUUCGCAACCGACUUCCAGAAGAUCGCAAGCGGCGCCAAUUCCAGCAGGUUGAUGAAAACAGUGAACCGAGAUGCUAUCAAAUCGCAUCAACACCAUGCACGUACCCAAACCCGCAUUAUUCAGGCCCUUUGUAUGGACGUUUUUCUUUGGUUGAUUUGGCUGGAAACGAGCGGAGUGUGGAUAGCGCCUCGACGUUGAAUCGCGUUCAGCAUCUGGAAAGUGGAGAAAUCAACAAAAGUCUACUGGCUCUUAAAGAGUGCAUUCGGGCCAUGGGAAACAACACGACCUCUUAUUUGCCGUUUCGUACAAGUAAACUUACGCAAGUCUUACGCGAAUCUUUUGUCGGCAAGCGUUCGUGCACCUGCAUGAUUGCCACCGUCUCUCCCGGUCUGUCCUGCUGUGAGCACAGCAUGAACACGCUGCGCUAUGCACAACGUGUCAAACAUCUUGUCCCGUCCUCUUUUGUGCCAAAGGUUUCCUAUUAUGUAUCCCAUCUGACCACAGAUGCCGACUGGUUCCAACCACGCAGCCGAGCUACAUCAGCACUAUCACGUAAGGGUUCCCGCGCUGCCGGAGAUGGGAAACAGCAGUCUUGUCGACAAUCGAACAGUGCGAAGCCAGCAAAGUCACAGUCCAACAAGCCGAAAACACCAUCACUUUCUGUCGAUGAACCGCCCGAGGAUAGGCAAACACCGUCUUACAGGACUACGAGAAGUUCAUUCAAACACAGCGUUCGCCACACACCGAGACCGGGAACAACACCAAACUCCUCUUCUUCACUGGGCAGUUCUACAGACAGUCAAGCAUUAUCGGAUAUGCCGGUGACUGAUUUUGAAACAGUCGAUCGCUUGACCUCUUCGGCCGACACGAGAGAGGUGAGGGACUUGUGGCAUAAACCCUGCUGUACUAGAAGUGCAACAUCCACACCGAAGUGCAGUACGAAUGUGUCAGCUAGACGGCAUCGUUUCUUACGACUUCAAAAACAAAAACACGAUGUCAUCAAAAAGCACGAAGAACUGAUAAAGGACAAGUUUGGACUGAAUGUCAACGAUGAAGUGUAUUUCGAUUUGGAAUUAUAG